CUCCCUAUAACGGUGUUUUGGGCGCAAAGAUCUCUCACUCUCUCUCGGCUAUGGCGGGACUCCCAGGGCUCAAGACGCUCAAGAUCAAGACGGGGACGUGCAAGCGCGUCCACAAGGAGCUCAAAUCCUACGAGAAGGAGGUGGAGAGAGAGAGCGCCAAGACGGCGUCCAUGCGAGAGAAUGGCGCCGAUCAAUUCGACCUCAAGCAGCAGGAGAAUGUGCUGGUGGAAUCGAGAAUGAUGGUGCCGGAUUGCCGCAAGAGGCUCGAGGCUGCUGUGGCCGAUCUGGAAGCCCUCAUCGCCGAAGUUGAGGAUGACGAGGCGAUGCUUGAGACGGCCGAGCUACAAGCAGCGAAGGAAGUUCUCGCAGAUGUCAAGCCUUGCAUUAGUUAGACGCAAGAAAAACGGAUCUAGAGAGUCGAGCUGUAGACACCACUUACAGAUGAAACCAAAGCUUGCAAAAGUUUGAUCUUCGAUCACUUCAAAAA